GGAAACGGAUAGCUACAACCAAUUAAAAGAACCCCAAAAAGAAAAACCCUGCAUGAACCCCAUUUUCUUGUCAAGUUAAAGCUUCUUUUUUCUUUACAUAUCCCAAGAAACAGUCCUUCUACAAAUGUUAACUUAAAUACGUCAACGUAAAACCUCGCCAAAACCCAAAACGAAGGAACAAGAACCCACCACGUCAUCGUCUUCUUCAACCCAUCGAUGGCGGAACCUGGGAUCACCCUAGAGCACCGCGGUAAACAUUCAUGUCUUGCCAAAUGGACAGUCCCUUACAACCCAGAACUUCAGCCCGAGAAAAUGAUUUGCAGUCCUUGGUUUGAAAUGGGUGACUUUGAAUUCCGCUCCGUGAUAGUCCCAGGAAGCGAUGCCCUUGCCCUUGCCCUUGCCCUAGGCCCUGACGCUUUCUUUUCACUUCAAGUUAGAAUCAACUCUCCAAGUUACUCUUUCAGAUUCGGUCCCUUGGCGUCUUAUAAACUAAGCAUUUUGAACCAUGAAGAUGAGUCAAAGUCUUUGACCAAAGCGUUUAAGUUUACUUUGUUUACCAGGAAUACAAAUAUUCCUACCGGCGGUAGCUUACAACUUGCUAGUUCUGUUUUUGGUCCAAGAUCAGGGUUUUUCAAGAACGGUUCUUUGCAUUGUUCUAUUGAAAUUUCCAUUUUGGAUGAGUCAUUUUCAUUUUCAUUUUCAAGGGACGGUAACAAUGACACUGAGAUGGUCGACUAUUCAGCGCAUUCUUUAAGUUGUGACACUAUUGUUUUGGCCGGGAAAUUUAAAUGGAAGAUUAAAAAUUUUAGUUUCUUUAAGGAAAUGAUCGAGACCCGCCAGCAGAUGAGUAGCGCUGUUUUUCUUCUUGGGCGAGGUUUUGCUCAUAUUAGUGCCUCUACAACCAAGGUUAAUGGAGUUGAGUGUCUGUCUUUGUUUUUGGAAGCUAAUGAGAUGCACACAUGUCCUAAAUGCAUGGGUCAUAAUAAGCCUUCUUGGUGCUUGUUUCGUAUAUCUGUUUUGAGUCAAAAGGCAUGGCGGAGUCAUAUGCAUAAGGACUCGUAUGGGAGAUUAAAUAAAACAACUCCAGCUCUAGGUUGGACUGAUUAUAUGAAGAUAUCCGAUUUGAUUGGACCCAAUAAUGGAUUUGUUAUGAACAAUACGGUGGAGUUCACGGUAUCUUUCAAAGCAAUCAAAGAUUCUGCUGCUGUCCUUACAUCUGGCUUUAAAAAAUUUGGUGCCUUCAACAAAAGUGGCAGUUGUACCUGGAAGAUUGAAAAUUUUACAAGGUUGAAGGAUAUUCUGAAGAAUGAAAAGAUGAUAGGAGUGUCUGUUGAGAGCAGUAAGUUUCAGGUUGAGGAUCACGAAUUUCGCUUGAUUGUUUUUCCCAGAGGUAACCAAUGUGAAGCAUUACUUUGAAGUUUUCUUUCUUACAUUCAUGUCUACAUUUUUGCUUUCUGAGUUGUUAAUGGAAAAAGAUGAUGGUCAUGCAAGUUUGAAGAAUAAAUGAGAAAGUAGCUAAACAACGCUUAAUCCAUAUACAUGUACAGUUGUACUAUUCAUACUUACACCUGUUGGAGAAUGAAGGACAGAACUGAUAGAAUUGUUUGACACCAGGGCAAUAUCAAAAACCGAUCUACCUUUCGAUGAUUAUUGAAGCUUCGGGUCCUCAAGAUGCCACCCAGGAUUGGAGUUGUUUUGCCCGUUGUCGGCUAUCCGUUGUGAAUAAGAAGAAUAAAGACAAUUCUAUUUUUACGGAAACACAGGGGCGUUUCUCAGAAGCUGCAAAAAGAUGGGGGUGGCCUGAAUUUUUGACUCUUGCAACUCUCUUUAAUAAGGGUUCAGGGUAUUUGGUUGAGGAUACUGUUAUGUUUAAUGCAGAUAUUCUUAUAUUGAAGGAGAGUUUAGAAAUUCAGGAUGUCCUAGAGUCGAGCAAUAAAGAUGGAGAAAAGGGAAGGUGCACAAUCACUUGGGAAAUGAAAAAUUUCGUAGCCUUCCAGCAAACAUCAUCGAUGAUUAACGAUAUAUGCAGCAAAUAUUUCCAGGUUGAUAAACUAAAGCUCCGAAUAGGGGUAUGUGUAUUAUCUGACAACCUAUGUGCAUACCUGGAGUGUGAUCCAUCAGAUUUGGUUGAGAAUCUUUAUGUUAGAUACAAGAUGACUGUGGUUAAUAAAAAGCACCCUGCCAAAAGUAUCUCCAAGGGGUCCUGUCUACGUACAGACACUAGUGAUAGUCAUGGGCGACUGCUGUUCAUGGAACUAUCUGAUAUGCUGAAAUCCAGUGCUGGGUUUGUUACCGGUGAGAUGGCUACUUUUGUUUGCGAGAUCCUUGAUUACUGUCCGUUGUUGGAUCUUUCAAAAGUAAGGGUUAACAAGCUUUUGAUUUGAGUUUGUUUGGAUCUUCGUUCUGUAACUUUUACCUGUUAUUUGAUGCUAUGUUUGUCCAAUUAUAGCUGAAUGUUUCAUGCAGGUUCCAAGUGAUGUUAAAUCACAUGAGCUUCAAGAAAAUGGAGAUAAUGAGGACAAGACCGGGAAGAUUCUUGCAAUGGAAGGAGAUCACUUUAUUAUUCUGAAAAAAGAAUUUAGAAAUGAUCUUUUCAUAAUGGCUGGAAUUUUGAUUGGAAUGCGGCUUUACCACAACCCUGUAAAACCAAAUAAUAUUUUUCGCAGAAUAUUUGGAUGCAUUGAUACAGGGCAGAUAGAUGUUGGUCCAGAUAAAUUCAUGUCCAAGUUAGUUGCUUCAACCACCGGUGUUGAGUCCCUACAUCAGCAAAUUGAGAAUGCACUUUUAGAUGUGAUGGUUGACUGUUGCCAGCGAUUACAAGGAACAUCCGGUGAGGAUGCAACUGAUACAAAUGCAGAAUCAUGUCAAGAUACCAAUGAAGUUAGCUCUCAAACUAAAUUAAAUAGGCAAAGUAGUUUAGCAAAUACUGUUCGAUCAUUAAUACGUGAGACAUUCUUUGGUACUGGAAAGUGUAUGGACAAUUGUAGUAAUACUUCGGGGGAAGCUAUUCUUGGACAGCAUGAUUCUACUUCUGAGUCAGCUGAGGAGACCUUAAGGCUUAUUGUAAAGUCAUUAAAGGCUCUAAAUGAUGAAGUUACACAAGUUACCUUAGAGCAAAGCCAAGAGUGUCACUUUGUGCAGAAAGUUUUAGCAGUACUACGAGAAGCUCCCAAGCAUCUGCUACCAGAUCUUGUUUCUUUAUUGCCAAAAUUAGCAUGUCAGUUUGAUCAUAAUGUUGUUGGUUCUGCUAUUUUAUGUCAGCUAAAAGAGACAGACGCAGACUCUUCAAUGCGACUACUUGUUCUUGAGGCCAUGUGUCAAUUGAAGUUGGCUAUGGAUGUUUGGAAAAGUGUAUUUCUUCAAGCCUCUAAUGUUGUGGAUGAUUUAAACGGUGAAGCACUUGGAGCUGCAAUCGCCUUAUUAUUUAAAGCUGCAUCUCAGUGUCAGGAUAUCCCUUUAGCAGUAAGUAUUGUCCGUCAAAAGUUACAGCAUUUAGGAGCUGAUGUUUCACCUUUUGUGCUGGAUCGCCUUGCAAAAUCUUUGAAUAGUUCUGAUGACCUUGCAGUAACCAUGUUACAAAAAAUUGAUUCCGUCUUUUCAGUUGACCAAGAACGCCUGUCAUCUGGUGAACAUGGGCCGGCAACUGAGAGUUUGAAUGCAGGAGGUCACCAUUUUUCUGAUAUCUUUAUGUUGUUAAAGAUGCUGGCCAUACCCUCUAUUGCUAAUCAAACUAUGCGGGCUUUUGAGAAAGGUAUUGCAAAUGGAUUCAUCACACAUCAUUUGGCAGAGAUGGAAAAAUGGGGUUCUUCAUAUACUGAAAGAGCUUUUAUUUUGGUUUUUGGUAUUGCUGAUAAGUUGCUCCAAUCUAGACGUCCUCCAGUGCUUGAGUUUCUGAGAAAGUUUUAUUCAAUAUUGUUUAAACUGUCUAAUGAUGAGAAUUAUCAGAAGAAGAUGCUGAGAAAAUUGGUUGACCAUGCAAUGAGUGCGGCUAAUAAUUGCUUCGAAACUAGUCUGGAUGUGUUGGUUUUCUUGGUGCACAAGGAAUGUAAAGUUGCUGAACUAGUUGUAAGCAUGGCCAGAGAUGAUUUUCAACUAGCUAAUUCUAACCUCUCAGCCCUUCAGAGCAAGUUAGAUACUAGAAAUGAUGAAUAUAGGCGUGUUGAGGAAGACCUCAAAACUGACCUUGAAAGAAGGAAGAUAGAGGAAUCAAUUUUCUUACAAUGUCUUCGUGAGGCUGAAGUUACUUCUCUUCACCAUAUGGUACUUAAAUAUAAUUUCUUACCAAUUCGAAUAGUGAAAAACAAACUUGCUUUUUAA